UGAGUUUUGUGAAGAAGAGGAAAAAGUUGGCUCUUGUUCCAUUCAAGAUCAAAUUCGGAAGUGCCUUUCAAGCUCGUUAUUAAUGAUAUUAAGUGUUGGAGUUAAGAAUCCCACUCCAGUUCAAAUUUGAUAAUUUUUCUUCCUUUUCUCUAUUUCUUGGUUCAGAUUUACAGCAAUUUGGUGAUAUCUAAACUUAUGUUUGUAUUGUAUCCACUUUGCAUUUGGUGAUGUUAAUGUUGUUCUUGUGAGCCAAGGAUUUGUAGAAGCGGAUCAUAGGUCCCGUGGUUUUUCCCCAAUUUUGGGGUUUUCCAUGUAAAAAUUCGGGUGUAUUGUUGUGUGAUGAUUGUUAUAUGUUUUUCUGUUACUUGGCUUGUUACUUGACUUGUUUACUAUUGUUGGCAAACCCAUUUUGACACACAAAUUUGGGAGAAAGUUUCUUGCUGGGAUUGGUUUUACAUUCAUUUCUGCUAUAGUGUAACUUACCCAAUACCUUCCUCUUUCUUCCUCUUGCAUUUUCACCCCUGUUCAUCGUCUCUUUCGACGAUAGCGGAGGAGAUCGCAACGGGGAAGGAGUGAUCGUCGGAGCGGCGGCGUCUCAAUCCACGGUAGUCGUCAUCGUUCUAAUGCCGGAAACAUCAGGCCAAAGCCGCACCUCCUCUGUUCAUCGACGUUGUCACACCAAGAUCUUGCAGCUUCACCGUUCAGAGGAGGAAACCGGCGCAACUGCCGGGAAUGUGCCCGCGAGUCGAAGAACCUAAUCUGGUAGUUCAAUUUACUCCUACGGAUUGUUAGAUCGCCAUCGAAGCAGGUCAUCCUCUCUUUCUGCAAAUUACGAAACAGACUCCCGAUUCAUUUGCUUUGCAGCAUCGAUCAUCCUUCUCUCUGUGUGUAUAAUUUGUUUUUUCUUUCUACUUUUUUUCUUGUUUCAUUUCUCAUGUGAUUCUGCUGUUAUACGUAGUUUGCUUUAAUAAAUGCCUUGCAUGAGAGACAAGUGGAAGAAAUGCAAGUUACUGUAGAUUUGCAUGGAAAGACCCUUUUUUUCAUUGCUUCCUUCUCUAUCUUUCUUCCUACUCUCUCAAUGUCUCUCUCCCUCUUUACUUUUCUGUUAUGGUUUUGUCCGCCUUGAUUUCUGUUGUGGUGGCAAUGGAGGCGGUGGCAACAUGCGACAGUGUAAAUGUCAAUGGGGCUUCAAGUUUGGCCUCUUUGCAUAGUUUUUUCUUGGUGGUUGGUAGGGUGGUGGUUGUUUCCAACUUUUUUAUUUCAAUUUGAUUUGUUUAUUUUUUUUCCUUUUUUUGUUUUUUCUUUAGCAUGUAUUCACGUUCUUAUCUGUUUUCAAUCUGAUUUGAUCACCGCUUGGAGGGGUUAAUGUCAAUUUGGUUUCUGCUUAGCAUACUUCUGCAACAAUACCUUUACCUUCUUCCUUUCCCCCUCCUGUGAAUGUGCUUUUGAAGUGGGUCUGAGCUUCCUGUCAGUGCUAAGGUGCAAUUUGUAUGACAACUUAACCAGCGAGGAAGAUAUAGAGAUCCCAAACAAGCAAUCAGAUUAGAAAUAAAUAAAGAAAUGGGAAAUUCGUUUGGGUGCUCGGUGUCAGGGGAGAGAUUGGUAUUGGCAGCAAGAGAUGGGGACUUGGUGGAAGCGAAGAUGCUGCUCGAGUUCAAUCUAUGCCUCGCCAAGUACUGCACCUUCGGUGGCCUUAAUUCCCCUCUCCAUUUUGCUGCCGCCAAAGGCCAUAACGAAAUUGAUACGUUGCUGCUCGAGAAUGGUGCCGGCGUCAAUUCUAGGAACUACUGCGGUCAGGAUGUCCAAUGCAUCUGACAGUCCUGUUAGGCAAACAAGAGAGCAAUUACACCACAAUGACAAGCCAAGUCCUGUCAAGCAACUAAGAGAUCAUAUUAUUCAUCAUGACAAUUCAGGAGCAAGUGAGGAGGAACUUAUUCUCUACAGGGAUCAUGGGAAUAACAUUUUUUAUUCCUGAUGAAAAAGAACAAGGCAUUCAUCCAUAAGUGAUGGUCAGAAAAAAACUCUUACAAAGGUUCUUCAGCAAGAAGAAUAUUCCCCUGAAAAAUUAGCUAGCUAUGGUUCUGUUGAAGGUUGGAGUCGUCCAGAUGACAUGCUGCCAAUGAAAAAAGAAAAGGACAGAAAAAGUGAGAAAGCUUCAGUCAGGACCGAUCAUCUUGAAAGCCCUAUUCAGCGGACAUCACCAAUGUUGGAAGAAGUUGAAUAUGGGCCAGGGAGGCUAAUGACAAGUUGACAAUUAUAAUAUUGGUCAACCUGGUAAACCAGUGAUUUUGCGAGCUUUCUGGUCUUAAUGUCUGCUUCGUUCUUAACAACACUGUUUCUGGGAGAUACCUUGAACUGUUUUUUGGGUAGAGAGAUGCCUUUGGCUUUAUUUUAUUUUCCAACUAUAAAUGGAAUUCUGGUUUUGUGCCCUAAUUGAACCCAAAUUUAAUUUCAACCAUGGUAGUCUAUAGGGUUUAACCUUGAUGUGAUAAAGAUGGAAUUUAUGCUGAUUUGAUGCUAAGUUAUUGUUUCCCGGUCUUCC